UCAACUUUCCAAGAUCUCGACCGAUUUUCUCAAACUACUUUCUCAUACAUAAUAUAUUUUCACACAAACAACGUAUAAAACAAACAGUACCACGUGGGGUAGAGUGCGGUAACUAUUAAAAACAGUGCUCUCUAAUUGAAUUAAAUAAAAAUGAGGGAAAUAGUGCAUUUGCAAGCCGGUCAGUGCGGUAAUCAGAUUGGCUCUAAGUUCUGGGAGAUAAUAUCGGACGAGCAUGGCAUCGACACCACAGGACACUACCGCGGGGAUAGCGAGCUACAACUGGAGAGGAUUGGAGUUUACUACAACGAAGCUGCUGACGGCAGGCGCUACGUACCCCGUGCUGUGUUGGUAGAUCUGGAGCCUGGCACCAUGGACGCCAUCAGGUCUUCAACUUACGGCGCUCUGUUUCGCCCUGACAACUACGUGUUUGGACAGAGUGGAGCUGGUAACAAUUGGGCCAAAGGUCACUACACAGAAGGUGCUGAGUUAGUAGAGUCUGUGAUGGAUGUCGUGAGGAAGGAAGCGGAACCGUGCGACUGUCUCCAAGGGUUCCAACUCACACACUCACUGGGUGGAGGCACGGGCUCCGGUCUUGGCACCUUACUCCUCAGCAAGCUUCGAGAGGAGUACCCUGACCGCAUCGUCAACACCUUCAGUGUCAUGCCUUCGCCUAAAGUCUCAGACACGGUGGUAGAACCCUACAACGCGACGCUCUCAGUUCACCAGCUGGUAGAGAACACGGACGAGACGUUCUGCAUCGACAACGAGGCUUUGUAUGACAUCUGCUUCCGGACUCUACGCCUCGCCUCGCCUACUUACGGAGACCUGAACCAUCUAGUGUCGCUGACUAUGUCCGGCGUGACCACGUGCUUGCGGUUCCCGGGACAGCUGAACGCGGACCUCAGGAAGCUUGCUGUCAACAUGGUACCCUUCCCACGGCUGCACUUCUUCAUGCCUGGUUUCGCCCCCCUGACCGCCCGCAACUCGCAAGGCUACCGCGCGCUCACCGUUCCCGAGUUGACUCAACAGAUGUUCAGCCCGAUCAACAUGAUGGCCGCGUGCGAUCCGCGACACGGCCGGUACCUCACCGUGGCAGCUAUAUUCAGGGGACGGAUGUCCAUGAAGGAAGUGGAUGAGCAGAUGCUCAGCGUGCAGGAUAAGAACUCCAGCUACUUCGUGGAAUGGAUUCCGAAUAACGUGAAGGUGGCUGUGUGUAACGUUCCGCCGCGCGGUCUCAAGAUGGCCGCCACGUUCGUGGGCAACUCGACCGCCAUACAGGAGAUAUUCAAACGGAUUUCGGAACAAUUCACCGUUAUGUUCAGAAGGAAGGCCUUCCUCCACUGGUACACGGGGGAGGGAAUGGACGAGAUGGAAUUCACAGAAGCGGAGAGUAACAUGAACGACUUAGUUUCAGAGUAUCAGCAGUAUGAGGAAGUUGGAGUGGAUGAUGGGGAAUUUGAGGAACAAGAAGAAAUGCCCGGAGAAGAAUAUGCCGAAGAAGAAUAAUUUAUUAUUUAUUAUUAAAAAACUCAAUUUUAUUUAACGGUUUUUGUUGUAUACUUCUUAUCUCUAUUUUAUUAUUUAAAGCUUCAUAAAUGUUAGUAAUAGUAUCUUUUUCUACACUAGUACAAUCUAUUAUAUCUGUCUCUUUGA